AUGAUGCAACGUUGCGGCACUUCACUGAGUCGCCUGUGCUUCCGCCGCUUAUUGCGUACACCACUCCUUGUUUAUUCUAUACCACCAAUUCGUGAUGUGCCAUCGGGGAUAGCACACUGCCCAUUGAGCUGCAGCAUGCGUAUGGUCACUUCUUCGAAUGAUGACGAGUUUGUGUUUGAUCCUACUCUCAGUAUCCAGAAGGACGCCGCGAUACACACGGCCAAGAAAAGCUUCGAAACUAUUGUACUCGAGUAUGUUCCUGCGCACGCUCCCGAGGAGGCGAGGCAGAAGGUGAAGUCGUACCUGACCCAGCACCCAAUCGACAUACUUAUAACGCAACCUAAGGUGCAAAUCACUCACUUGGAAGACGCAGAGUCGGGGGCAGAGACAAAAGUUUCAUUGAGUCCGUGUGACCUUCCCGAGGCGCUGCAGCAGGCAAGGGAGCGUGGGAUGAAUCUCGUUCAAAUGGGGGCGCGUGGAGAUGUGGCGUACUGCAGGAUCCGCCGUGAGUCCGCCCGCAUUCUGAGUCUCAUACACACCGAACUUGAGGCCCUUCGCGAGCAGGAGGAGAAACAACAGGGGAAAGGACGCGGUGGGGUGCAGGCAGCGGCUAAAAUGGGUGAGCUCAUUGACCACACAUUCCGUGACGCAGUGGAUGCCCAUUUUGUUGGGUGGCGAAGCAAGAAAAUAGUGGAAGAUAUCAGGAGGCGGCACCCGGUGAAGUUGACUAUCAAGGAGUUUCAAUCACCCGAGUGUGCUAUCGGUAAGCUUAGGGAGAUGUGCCAGGCGAUGCAGCAUUACGCACAGGAGAAGGUCAUAUACCACCACUUCACCAGCAUCGUGGCAAAUGAUCGCGAAGCAAGUAUUACUUUUGCCCCUGCGCUGCCCAUGGCCAAGAGUGAUUCGUGGAAACAUAUAAAGUACCCGGGCGAGAAGGAAUGGACUAAUGCUUUGAGGCGAAUGGAAGAUGCGUGUCGUAAAAGUGGGCGUUAUGGCACGUAUGCAAAAAGCAACAAACUCAAGUUGCGCUCCUUGGGUCAGACAUCAUAUCGUGUAGACAAAUACGGGAGGAAGAUGGAUUAA